ACGAUUGGUUGCUGCGUGAGUCUACGUGAUGACGUAGGAAAAGCCUCGCUCAUAAGCGAGAGUCCGGCGCCGCCAUUUUGCAGUUACACGUGUGUUUGCAGCGGAUAAGGUGAAUACACUACACUAGUUUUAGUACGUGUUUGGCCAAGGUCAAGUGUAGUAUUUAAUCAUGACUGACCGAUACACCAUCCACAGCCAAUUGGAGCAUCUGCAGUCCAAGUACAUAGGCACUGGCCACGCGGACACUACAAAGUGGGAAUGGCUGGUGAACCAGCACCGGGACUCCUACUGCUCCUACAUGGGCCACUUUGACCUCCUCAACUACUUUUCUGUGGCAGAGAAUGAAAGUAAGGCUAGAGUGCGGUUUAACCUAAUGGAGAAGAUGCUGCAGCCAUGUGGGCCACCUCUGGACAAGCCAGAUGAGUCUUAGACAGGAGUCCAGGAUGAUGGAAGUUUCUGCGUUUUCAGAGUCCUGCUGUGUAUCCAGAGUAAUACAAGUUGCAGAGUUUAUAUUUUUUCUGAUUGAAGAAUAACUUUGCAAAUGUUCAAUGGUGGGAUAUAUUUAUAGAAUGCACAGCCAGGUGCAGUCUGUUCAAUGACUGAGUGGUGACUGACUCUAAAAGGUGCAUCAUAGCCUGUGAAGCAUUGUGUAGGGUGUUUUCUUCCUUAUCAGAACGGUCAUAGAAAAUGCUCUAAAAAUAUCAUUGGGCAGUUAGGAAAAAGUUGAUGCCAGAACAGAAAUGACAGAUUGUGGCUUGGUGUAAAGUGGAAUUUCCUCUUAAAAAAUUUAGUGCUGAAUUUCCAGUGUGAACAUUCUUGAAGAAAACCAUGGUAUAUAGAGGGUUAUGUGAUAAAUAGGCUGGCUUUUGUUUUUUCUAGCUGUUUUUUUUAAACUAAUACACUGCCUUCUAUUAUGGGGGCUGCAAAAGUUGCAGGCAUCAUGUUAUAGAGCAGGAGGAGUGGAGUAGCUUGAUUAGUGUUGUAGGAAAGGUUCCAAAAUGAUUUCUCAUUUAGUAAAGUUAAUAUCUGCUUACUCUAGUCUAAGUAGUCAAGUGGGCAAUGAUGAACAGGGAUCUGAGUGCAUAUAGAGGGCUGUCAAUCACUGAUCGCCCUCAUGACUACUUGUCCAGAAUGAGCAGAGGUUUAUAUAAGCUAUUUUGGAACAUUUUCUCACAACUAGAUCAGUCUGCUUAGCUCCUCCAGCUCUGUAACAUGCUGCCUGAGUGGACUACCCCAUCCCCCAUAAGAUAAUCCAUAUAGGAAGUGAAUUUUAAGGUUUGAAUACAGGUGUGGGAUUCACUUAACUUGUCAAAUACCAAAAUUCCCUGAUGUUGAAAAGGCAGUAGUGCUAUAUAAGGUGUCUGUACAUGCAUAGCUUGUUUGCAAUAAUUGAUCUAUUAACCUCUAUUUGGGGACCUUUUGGGAGUUAAGAUGCUUUACAAAUAAAAUCUUUUUGACAA